AUGGGAGUUACAUGCAGCCGCCGUCAUAAAGGGAGAGUAACUUUCUUAAGUUUACCGGGGCGCAGGUUGAUUGGUUCCAUCCCUCCCCAAAUAGGCAACCUCUCCUUUCUACGGGCAAUCAACCUUGUCGACAACAGCUUCUACGGCGAGAUUCCUCAAGAAAUUGGCCGUUUAUUCCGGCUAAGAAUUCUCAAUCUAGGCGGUAAUUCUUUCCGAGGGGAAAUUACAAGCAACAUAUCCUUCUGCUCAAGUGUUGAAGUCCUCAACGUCACCAUCAAUGGUCUUGUAGGCAGAAUCCCAGAGGGGCUUGAAAAUUUGACAAGGAAGAAGCUAAAUACUCUCCUUCUUGGUUUAAAUAACCUCACUGGAACCAUUCCAAAAUGGUUGGGAAAUGCUUCUUCACUUGUUCAGCUGCACUUAGGACAAAACAACUUACAUGGAAGCAUCCCCUAUGAGCUUGGAAGACUCUCAACUCUAUCAUCCUUUGUUGUUGGUCAAAACAAUUUAUCUGGUAUCGUUCCUCCUGCUAUUUACAAUCUUUCCUCACUCAUUAUUCUUAGUGCAGAAGGAAACCAAUUGCGAGGACAAAUCCCCAGUGAUAUCGGGUUGACUCUUCCCAAACUUCGGGGCAUUUUUUUUGGAAUUAACCAGUUAACUGGGCGGCUUCCGGUUUCAUUAUUGAAUGCUUCACAACUGAAAUUCAUUGGAUUUGAAGCCAACAAUUUCAGUGGACCUGUGCCUCGGAAUAUAGGAGGAUUGAGUGCUCUAGAGAGGUUGACUCUUGGUAAAAACCAAUUAGAAAUUGUGGAAGGAGACGACUUCAGUUUCUUAACUUCUUUGACUAAUUGCAGCAACCUUUCCAUACUGGAUAUAGGUGGAAAUCGUUUGAAAGGUCAAUUGCCUCCUUCAAUUGCUAAUUUCUCAAGCAAGCUUGAAAUGCUGUCUUUAUCGGGCAAUCAGAUUUCAGGUACAGUAUCAGAAGGCAUUGGCAACAUGAUCGGCCUAACUUUUUUGGAUUUUAGUAAUAACUUUCUCACAGGUGAAAUUCCAACUAGCAUGGGCAAAUUGGAAAGGUUACAGGACCUUCGAUUAUUUCAAAACCGACUUUCAGGUACAAUUCCCUCCUCAUUUGGGAACCUUACCCAAUUGCUUUACUUACCUCUAGGAGAAAAUAAUUUAAAAGGUGAAAUACCUCCUAGUUUGGGAAAUUGUAGAAAUCUUGAAGGAGUCUACCUAUCUCAGAACAAGAUUUCUGGUGUCAUACCAAAAGAACUUUUUAGUUCCAGGAGCUUAUACUUAAUAUUAUUAGCGGGAAACCUUUUAUCUGGGUCAUUGCCUCUAGAGUUGGGAAAUUUGAUCAAUCUAAGGUACUUGGACAUUUCCGAUAACAGAUUGUCCGGAGAAAUUCCAAAUACUUUGGGAACUUGUCUUAUGAUAGGAAAACUUUAUAUGCAAGAUAACUUAUUUGUAGGUAGCAUCCCAUCCUCCUUCAGUGCUUUGAAAAGUCUUGAGUACCUUGACCUUUCAAGAAACAGUUUGUCUGGACGAAUUCCAAAGUACCUCCAGAAUCUCACCAUGCUGCAGAGUUUGAAUUUAUCUUUUAACAGAUUUGAAGGAGAGGUUCCAUAUGAAGGGGUCUUUAGAAAUGCAAGUGCAGUUUCAGUUGCUGGAAACCAAAACCUUUGUGGAGGCAUUGAGAAAUUCAAACUCCCUCCAUGUAAGGUCCAAGGCCUGAAGAAGAAACAAAGGUCUCGCAAUCUUAAACUGGUGAUUCCAAUUGUUUCAUGUUCAAUAUUAUUAGUAGCAUUGCUGGUUUAUUUUACUUGGGCAAAGAGGUCUAAUAGGAAAGCCACUACCAUGUUGCAAACACAAGAAUUAUUUCCAAAGAUUUCUUAUGCAGAGUUAAGUCAAGCAACUAAUGGCUUCUCAUCAUCUAACUUGAUUGGUGAAGGAAGUUUUGGCACUGUUUAUAAGGGAAUCACCCAUGGAAUGCAAAUUGCAGUGAAAGUGCUGAACCUUAAACAAAAAGGAGCUUUCAAGAGUUUUUUGGCUGAGUGUGAGGCAUUGAGAAACAUCCGUCAUCGAAAUUUAAUUAAAGUCUUGACUGUCUGUUCCAGCAUAGACUUUAAAGGGGUUGAUUUCAAGGCUAUAGUUUAUGAGUUCAUGCAAAAUGGAAGCUUAGAAGAGUGGCUGCAUUCACAUGAAGUUCAAGUUGGAGUUCAACAUUUCAGCUUCAUCCAGAGGCUAGAGAUAGCAAUUGAAGUUGCACAUGCAAUUGAGUAUCUGCAUUACCAUUGCCAACCAGCAAUUGUUCAUGGUGAUCUCAAGCCAAGUAAUAUUCUUCUUGAUCAUGAAAUGGUUGCUCACGUGGGUGAUUUUGGACUUUCAAGAUUUCUAAUUCCCAACAUGCAAACAAGCUCAAUUGGAAUUAAAGGAACAAUUGGCUAUGUUGCCCCAGAAUAUGGUAUGGGUGGAAGGGUAUCUGUGGCGGGAGACGUGUUCAGCUUUGGAAUUCUCUUGUUGGAGAUGAUUACAAGGAAGAGACCAACCGAUGAAAUAUUCAAAGAUGGCAUGAACCUCCACCAAUUUGCCAAACUGGCAUUGCCAGAACGUGUGAUGGAUAUUGUCGAUCCUUCAUUGCUGCAGGAACUUCAAAGUAUAGAUGAAAAUGUUGGGGAUGCCCGAAGAAGAAGAAGAGAAAGGAGAAUAAGUAUCAAGGAGAUCCUCAUUACCUUUGCAAGAAUAGCAGUUCUCUGCUCAAUGGAUUCUCCAAAUGAUCGAAUGGAGAUGAAAGAUGUGGUUGCACAAUUAUAUGAUAUUAAAAAGAAGUUUCCUGGUAAUCAUUGAUUCUGAUAAAGGAAUCAAUGCAAGCUCUCCUCUUCGGGGAAACUUCAUUUACCUCAGUCUUUUAUUAUCCUUUCUGUUGUGUUUGGUGUUGUUUUGUCUACUUCCAUUUUUUGUUGUGGCAUCGUAGAUUAGGACAUGUCUCCAGUCCAAGCCAGAGAUAUUUCCUACUAGAAUGUUGGGGUCUAUACCUAACAUUGAGAUUUCUCCUUGUAUGGGUUGCAAGCUGGGCCCAGAUGAUAAUGAAUGCAAAGCAGAAGA